AGUGCGAAAUUUUCCGUUCCGCGGUCCCAUAGCUUUAGUCUUAUUGUAUCGGAGAAGUAUGCAGUCUCCUUCAUCAAACAUUUUAUUCUAUAUUCUAGCAGUAUUCCUCUUUUCUGUCACUGACUCAUUGAACUUUUUAUCAGGAAAUUUGACGGAAGCAGAGAACUUAGAGAGAUUAGCCACAUGUGGAAGUAGCCAGCAGAAAGCAAACGAGUAUGGUGGAAUAUUUUUGAAAGACGAAACUAGUUCACAUUUUCGGAAAUAUCUUAUCGCUCUUUCGUCUAGACAUUUAGUUCUAAACCCUGGCUCAAAAACAUUAGGCUUCAUUUACAAGAAAGAAGAAUGUCGAAAUAACAUACAAAAAUUCAAAAUCAACUCAAACCAGCAUUGGCCGGGGAAACUCAAUCAUGAGAAAACGGCGUAUUACAUUGGUUCAUGUGAAGAAGACUCUCCACGUGGUUUUGUAAUAGUUGAGCACAAGUUACAUUUACCGGAUAUCUACUCACCUCACUGUUUACCGGAUAAGGUUCACAAAAAUGGAUCAGAAGUCGAAGUAUUUACAACAAUGAACGCUACUGCUCACUCUUUAGAGUUCAUAAGAACUAAAAUUCACGUCUGUAAUGACAUCCCGGGCGAGAUGUGCACCGAACAACUGGUAACUGAUUUUGGAGGCCCAGUCGUUCACUCAAAUAAUGAUUCCAAAACCUAUGUUGGGCAUGCUUUUGCUCAUAAUGAGCAUUCCAUACGGAUAAUUCCUAUUUAUCCAUAUUUGAAGCAGGUUUGUGAAGUAACAGGAAUAUGUGAAAGGACAUCUGAAUCUGCAAUAUUGCCAGCAUCACUUUCGAAUUCGAAAUUGUCAUUUGUGGAAUCCGAUGAGCCAGUAAUUCAUGUAAACUUUCCAACCGCCGACGAGUCGACCAUUGGUGAGCCUGCUUUUAUGUCGAGUAACACAUUCUUGGAAUCCGAAGUGAUUGAUGUUGGAGAAUUGGAAAUUCGGGAAAUGGAAGUGGAAAUCGAGGAAAUCAUGGAUGAAGAAACUGACGAAAAAACUAACGAAAUCGAUUUGAACACCUAUUUUGAACAGGACGAAGCUUCAGAUUCAGAACCAAAAACCGAAAUGGAGACUCAAGUGGAAUCAAGCGGAGAAAAAAUUAUUAUCCUCUUCGAAUCAGAGGAAUCUCAAGACGAAUCAGAUUAUGAACCCUUUGUGAUAUCUGCUGUGCCAGAAGAUUCGACUAUUGUGCGAGCAGAGCCAUUCUCCGCUGUGAUCAUACCACUCCCCGAGCACACAAUCGAAUCUAGCAUCAAUCAAGAAUUUUCGACGCCAGAGGAGCUUUUGAUAGCUUUUCUUAUCAUGUUAUCCCUUACAUUUUUUGUUCUGAUGUGCGUCUAUGGUUUUGUUGAAUACACGGGAAAACCAUAUUACUGGAAUAUUGAUUUGGGAAACAAUCCAGUCUGAGUUGUCAUAAUUUUUACUACGGUUUUUUAAUAAAUGUCUGUUUUUUUGUGAAAAUAAAUAUACUAAUUUAUUAUUUGCAAAAUAAAUUAUAUAUCGUUGAAAAAUGAUUAAAAAAAUCCCAAAUCAAAACCCAACCCUGGCAAAAAAGAAAAAGGAAUGAUUCUUCAGUUUCAAAUAAUACAUUCAAUAAAUUAGUUGAUUUC